UUCAAGUAACUAAAACGCCCUGCAUCUAUCGUUCCUUUCGGAUUUGCGGCCGCAAAGGGAUUUUUGCUAAUGUGCAUCUAAGACCGAAUAUUUUUUCACUUGCUCCUUUGUGGACUCUAAAAAUGGGAAGAUUAGACACACUGAGAGAAUUUAAUUUAUUGUCAUGGAUGAGAGAGGAAAGACAAUCGAGGAAGUUGAUCCUGGUCAUCGUUUUCAUCGCCUUGCUGCUGGACAAUAUGCUUCUAACGGUGGUCGUCCCCAUCAUCCCUAGCUACCUAUACACAAUUGAUGAUGCAGCAGCCAACAUGGCCAAGAAUCACACUACGGCCUCCCCACACACCCCUUCUGGAACCUUCCAGACCAUCGUGUCCCUCUAUGACAACUCUGUCAGGGUAACCAGCGGGGACCCAAUGGACUCCACACCCAUACCCUUGGGUCAGACGCAGGGGGUCUCUUCUUCCACCUCGGCUCUCACACCCCACAACUCCACACAGCCCGACUGCCCCAAAGCAGACGACCAGCUGCUCAAUGAGAAUGUGAAAGUGGGACUACUCUUUGCCUCCAAGGCCACUGUACAGCUCAUCACCAACCCCUUCAUUGGGCCUCUCACCAACAGAAUAGGAUACCAGAUCCCCAUGUUUGCCGGGUUCUGUAUUAUGUUCCUGUCAACCAUCAUGUUUGCCUUCUCAUCGAGCUACACUCUGCUGUUUCUGGCCAGAUCCAUGCAGGGUGUGGGCUCCUCCUGCUCCUCUGUGGCUGGGAUGGGGAUGCUUGCCAGUGUGUACACAGAUGAUGAGGAGAGGGGAAAUGCCAUUGGGAUAGCCCUCGGUGGUCUCGCCAUGGGUGUGCUGGUGGGCCCACCAUUUGGCAGUGUCAUGUAUGAGUUUGUGGGGAAAACGGCACCUUUCCUCAUUCUGGCUGUUCUGGCUGUGCUGGAUGGAGCACUGCAACUGUUCAUUCUCCAGCCCUCAAAGGUGGAACCAGAGAGCCAGAAAGGGUCUUCGCUAUGGAGUCUUAUGAAAGAUCCAUACAUACUCAUUGCUGCAGGAUCCAUUUGUUUUGCGAACAUGGCCAUCGCCAUGUUAGAACCAGCGUUGCCUAUUUGGAUGAUGGAGACCAUGUGUCCAAGAAAAUGGCAGCUAGGCAUUGCCUUCGUGCCAGCCAGCAUCUCUUACCUUAUUGGAACCAACAUCUUUGGCGUCCUCGCACACAAGAUGGGGAGAUGGCUGUGCGCUCUCAUCGGGAUGGUACUCGUGGGGGUUAGCAUCCUCUGUGUUCCUUUUGCUAAGGACAUCUACGGACUAAUACUUCCGAAUUUCGGUGUUGGUUUUGCAAUUGGCAUGGUGGAUUCCUCUAUGAUGCCAAUCAUGGGCUACUUAGUGGACCUGAGACACGUGUCAGUCUAUGGCACUGUGUAUGCCAUUGCUGAUGUGGCAUUCUGCAUGGGCUUUGCUUUAGGUCCGUCCGCUGGGGGCGCCAUAGCGAAGAGUAUUGGGUUCUCCUGGCUCAUGACCAUCAUUGGCGUCGUGGACAUCCUCUUCGCUCCCCUCUGUUACUUCCUCAGGAGUCCUCCUGGGAGGGAGGAGAAAAUGGCCAUCUUGAUGGACUCCAACUGCGCAAUGAAAACCCGAUCAUACUCAACACAAGGGAACACAGAGUACGAAGAGAUGGAGACAGAGUAUGAUGAGUAGUAAUGGACACCAGACAGGUAUGUUACCUUCCAGAGGAUCUAUUUUGUUGUACAAAAACAGAGAUAAAAAUUGAAAAUACAAAAAAAAAACAGCUAAGCUGUUUCGAUGUGAAUGUCCUCCGUGCGGUCGGUCUUCACUGUUCUAUGUCAUUGUGAUCGUACGACUGGAGCAAACCAAAGUUGUUCUCAUCCCCCUGUGGUCACAAGCACGUUGCUUGUGUUUAUUUUUAGCCAACAGCCUUAUCCAAUGGAAGUGGAACACAUGUCAAAACAGGGUUUUCAUAGGCCGUAAUAGUAGAAUGUUGUGAGUCAUAUUUACUGGAUAGUUCAGCUGACAGUGAUCUUAUAGAUCACCAAAUUGUGUAAUGUAGGUUAGCAAGGAGUACAAACCUGUCUUAAUAAUUCACCUUUUGCCCAUUAACAGUCUUCAUCAACAUAUCUAAUACAGAAAUAUGAAACAAAUGGGGGUAGAUAGUUACUUCUAUCUGUGUAGAAACUGACUUUGGAUCAGAUUCAACAUCUCGAACAAGGCACUAUGAGAACACUGCUUUAGUGUUUGUCAUUCUAUUUGUUGAUUAUAAUUAUAUUAUGAUGAGAUGGUAAAUGAUUUAGAUAUAAAGUAUUACUUAGUCUAUAUAAGUUAUUCAAUACAUUUGGAAUGAGAAUUUGUUAACUGCUUUGGACAAGGCAAAUCACAAUGUAUGGGUUACAUUUUACCUUGAAAUUUGCCUUUUUUUCAUUGAUCCUACAAACAUGUUUUUACGUUGACAUUUGAAUUGAGGAAAUACCUGAACUGAAACCUUUGAAGUCAUAGAAAGUUAUAUCCCCAGAAUCCAGUGUUGUCCUCAGUUGACUGCUUAUGGCUAUUUGCAUGGUAUACCACAUAAAAAACACAGCAUCACUCCAAUAUCAUCCUCAGUUUCACCUUCCACAUAAAAAAAAUGGUUAAUGAAACACAUUUUCACUGUAAAUAAUACCUCAGCUCAUAAAAAACAUAUUUUGCUUUUUUUAUUUGUACAUUUUGGAGCCAUUUGAAUGUGUGGAAAUGUAAGACUUAUAUUUGAGUGAUUUUUGAAUACAGAUAAUAGAUCUUUGAUCUUUCUGUUUACCCUCAGCUCCAUUUACAGACAAUUAGAAACAUCUUAUAGGCUUUUCUUAGUGUGUUUGUGUCAAUACAAUGUUUAGGUAGAUGAUGUGUAACUAAGAUUCUUUUAACUUUCCCUAUUGAUAUGACAAGCCAUAAAAUAUACUGUGGUCAAAAGUAAACACAUACGGACACAGCUUUAGUUAGUUGUCUCUGUUUAAACAUCACCUUAAGGAGAGGAUAAAUUCCAGAAGCACUUUAUCAGAGUAGAUAUCCACACCAUUUAACUCCAAGGACAGUUCUAGUAUGUCAAUGUUGGUUUAGCAGAGAGAGAAUAUUGAGGUGAUCAGUCUGUUUAGUCAUGUUGUCUGUUAGUAAGAAAACACUCUCAAAGUUUUAUCAAAGAUACAUGCACUGAUUAUUGUGUUUUAAGUACACUUUCCCAGUAGUGUUAAUUCCUAAAAUAAGUAGAAACUCAAUGUAUUUUCAAGCACUAAGGUUAAAUUUUAGGUCCCAAUCUUUACCAAUUUUAAUCUUAGUUAAACUAAUCCCUUGAGAGCAUUAACUUUAUAUGUGAAUUUAUUGAUCACUUCCAGGUCAUCAAAAAGUAGACCCUUUUUCUAGCUGUUUAACACACAAUACAGAAAGCACAGCAUACAUUGUUUCCAAAAUGAAAUAAGAGUUUAUUUUAUUUUCCAGCAGUGCAUGCACAUACACUGAGUAUACCAAAUAUUAGGAACAUCGUCCUUAUAUUGAGUUGCAUCUUCCCCCUUUGCCCUCAGAACAGCUUCAAUUCGUCUGGGCAUGGACUCAACAAGGUGUCGAAAGCUUUCCACAGGGAUGCUGGCCCUUGUUGACUCCAAUGCUUCCCACAGUUGUGUCAAGUUGGCUGGAUGUUGUUUGAUACACAAUGGAAACUGUUGAGCGUGAAAAACCCAGUAGCGUUACAGUUCUUGACACAAACUGGUGUGCCUGGCACAUACUUCCAUACCCUGUUCAAAGUCACUUAAAUCUUUUGUCUUGCCCAUUCACCCUCUGAAUGGUACACUUACACAAUCAAUGUCUCAAGGAUUUUAAAAAGAGUCCUUAUUGAACCGGUCUCCUCCCCUUCUUCUACACUGAUUGAAGUGGAUUUAACAAGUGACAUCAAUAAGGGAUCAUAACUUUCACCUGGAUUCAUCUGGUCAGUCUGUCACAGAAAGAGCAGGUGUUCUUAAUGUUU